UCGAGAUUUGUGACAUAAGAAUCAACGUACAAAAUAAAUCCUACUGUAGCCGGAUUCUCCAACUCUUUACCGAGUACUAUCGAUAACGUUAAGUGGCGACGUUUGUCGCUUGCAUUAUCGAUGGUUGAGACAGACAGUGAUUCUGUAACUACGCGUCAUCGAACAAAAUCGUUGCAAGAUGUGCUGUUUGUGAAACGACAAAAGUCGACAACUUUUAUUGAAAUGUGACAACGUCGCAUAUCAUUACUAUGAAUUUUAUAGGGACUUUGGUGAUUUUAGGUAAUAUAAUGUAAAGUGUCAGUCGCAUCUGUGUAAAUUUAUAUAAGCGCGGAUAGCUUGCCCAUUGUGUCAACAAUAGUGAAACUCCUUAUUCCUUUAUUUAAACUACCGUACUUAAUUCUUUGAACCUACCUUGUUACCUAUAUCUUGUUUCAAACUAUGGCAUCAAAAAGAAUUAGAAGCGGACGGGCGACGGAUGCGCAAUUAGCGGCAAUGGUGCAGUUUAUCGAAACACACAAAGGGAUUGCGGAAGGGAAAUUCCUAAUUAUGAAUGGAAAGGAAGAACUCCGUAAAAAAUGGGAUCAACUGGCAAAUACUUUAAAUAUGACCAAAGGUGCAACCAAAACCACAUCUCAAUGGCAAGUAACUUGGAGAGAUAUGAAAAGUCGAACAUCACAGAAAGCACGUAAAAUUAGAAAUCAGCGUAAUGCAACAGGCAAUAAAGAAAUUGACGAAGUUCCAUUGACACCAUUAGAGCUAAGAGUCAUUGGAAUCAUUUGCAAAAACUACGUUGAAGGUAGCUCUGACUGUCCUGAUAGCGUUCCCGAAGAAUGGGAGUUACAAGAACAGCUUGCUGCAGGCGACUCCUCACCAUCAUUAAAACCUCCACGUGUAGUUAGCAUCUUUGACCACAUAGCGAGUACAUCAACAUGCACUGAUGUUUUUGAAUCAGACAUUGCCAAUAACUAUGGAGAUAACGAAAACCCCAAUGUUGACCUCAUUGACUGGGAAUAUAUGGAAUUGGGCAACACUAAAGAAGGCAUUGCAGAAAGAAGACAAUCUGAACAAUUAUCUUCUACACGGGACCAGUUUGCAGCAAUUGCUGAGUCACAUGUCCAAUCAGUGAUGAUGCUAGCUGAAGCUGCAAAAUUACAGGCAGAAGGGACAAAGCGUCAUGCCGAUGCUAUGGGUCGAUUGGCAGAAGCGAUGGAACAGCAAGCUGAUGCAGCUGUGCAAAACGCUACCAAUGAAAAAGCGAGAAUCGAAGUCAUGUCUCAGCUAGUAGAAGUACUAUCACAGAUUUUACCAACUUACCAAUAA